GUGCGUUCUCGUUUCAACUUUCAAGGCUGUGGACUCAAAUGUCCCGGUUCACAGUCGCCCCAUUUUACUUUCGUCGAUUUAUUUUUUCAUUUCUACCUAAGUACUCCUUCCUAAAUAUUAUAAUUAAUUGCCGUCCGAAUAUUGUUACCUACCUACACACACACACAUGGACACAUGUGGCAGUCUUAUUUACGUAUCUACACAAUAGUUAGGUUUCUAUAAUAGCCACUGCCACAGUGUACACAAUAAAUCAUUGUACCUACUCGUGUCUCGUAAUAAUAGAUCAUUCGGUCGAUUGCCUCGAGGGAGACUUUUACGUAAUCAAUUUCCCGGUGGCUCGUCGUCUAUUGUGUGCACUGUGCAGUUGUCAGUUACUAUUAUUGCGACGGUUGUCGUCCAAUACUGCAACUGUUUGUGGGCUCCAAGGUAAUGAUGCCCCUUGGGGGGUGUUGUGUGUCAUGUCAACAAAGCCAACUUUCACGGUCCACUACCUCCCUCCCACACAUUAUGAACGUCAUGUGUUUUGCAAUCUUGUAAGUUGUGAUACUGCUCUUACCCGCUAAGUAUUAUGGGUAUUGUUUUUGGUGAAAAAAAAAUUUCGCAUUUCACCCUUUGUCGAGGGACUAUCCGAAGCUAUAUUUUCAACACUGCCAUUCAGUAUGCUCAUCGUUAUAUAGGAACAAUGAAGCUGUUCAAGUGAUUAAACCAGUGUGCUCUAUUGACAGUGAUGAGUACCAGAGACGCAACAGAUGACCGCUAUAUUGACGAUUCUAUCCGAAAUUGCAAAAAACCACCUUUCAAGGUAAAGUCACCAUCAUAUGUCAACAUAUCUAGAUCUAUAAAUGGUUAUACAUCAUCCUUAACACAGUACGAUAGCAAGAAACGCGAGAGUCGAUCUAGAGAUUGUAGUCCUAUCAAUGUACGCACGGUUAAUAGUAAUAUGGAAGACCAACAUAUUAUGACGAAAUGUUCAAUUACUGAUACCGUUGAUUAUAGGACUGAAUCAGCUAAUUCCGUAGUUGUAAACACAAUUCAAAGACUUUACGGUUCUAGUGUUAAAGUGUCGCCAAAGGAAAAAAGAUUGAACAACAUUCCUAAAUCAACUGUAAUACAUAGAGAACAUACACCUGACAGACAUGAUUUGCCUGUGUUAAAAUUGCUCAACCCCCAAUUCCGGGCAAAAUUAGUAAUAAAUAAUAAUUCACCACCCCCAAAAAUUAAACCUUCACAAAUCACCAAUGGUAGUGAUGUAGAAGUUAAUGGUGGCAACUACUUUAUUAAAUUAGUUAGCUUAGAAUGUGAUACAAUAAGAAAAUUAAUAUCGCAGGUAGAAUGCUUGUUACCAAUGGCUCCUGAAAAUGGCCAAGCUCGUAUUCAAGCUAUCGUUGGUAAAUCAAAUCUGUUAAUGUCCAAAAAAAUUCAACAAUUCCUUGGCUUAUGUGAAAGUAAUAUAUCCUGUGCACUCAAUGAUUUAUCCAGACCCAAAAACAAUGAUUUAGAAGGGUUUUGGGAUAUGGUCAAAAUACAAGUUGAGCAGGUUAAAACUGAAAUGCGAGAAAUUAUUGAUAUAAGUAAUAAAGGUUGGCCUGAUGACGAAGACGAAAACAAAAAUAAAGAGAUACCUAUCAAAACAAUUAAAGUAAAAACGAAAAUAAAAAAACCUGUUGUUUUAAAUUCAAAAUAUGACGCGGCUAGAAGAAAAGCAAUUGAAGAUCAACGCAAGGCAAUGAAAAACUUAAAAAGUGAUGAUAUUAUAUUUUUUUAACUUUAAGUGUGUAGAGAUUAUACUGUAAUAUUAUGUGUUAAUGAGUAUUAUAAUAUUUAAUUAGUAAUUGUUUAACUUUUUAAUUUAUAUAUAUUUUGUAUAUUAUGUCACUUGCAUUAUUGUAAACCAUUAUUUUACAUUUUUAAACAAAUUUUAUCAAAAUUUAAAACAUAUUGUAUUAUUGUUAAUACAUUAUGAUUAUUUAUGUUGAUGAGUAUUUUUAACUUUUUUAAACAAGUGCACUUAUAGUUAAUAUAAAUUUUGUAUUUUGGUUUAACCAAACCAUAGAAUAAGAAAUAACAACUAAGACAAAUUUCUAAAUUAAAAUUUUAUAUGAACAAAAUAACUAAAAUUGAAUUAAUUAAAACAGU